AACAUAACCUAACAAUUCGUACAGAUAACUUUGUAAUUUCCACGAGUUUCUGUUGAUUAAAAAUGCAACUUUUAAGCGAAAAAUUCAACAAAAAGAAAAUAGAGGAGUGUUUGAUAACCGAGAAUAAAUUUAUAUCAAGUUUGUUGAAACGUUCUUGCAUACCAGAACGAAAAGAAGCAGAAAAUGAAGAUAUAAUUGAAAACAACAAAAAAUUACCCUUUGAAUUGAACUCUAAUAAAAAAGAAAGGGCCAGAUCAUUAGUAGAAUUACAACAACGUUUGGACGCUAUUAGGGGAAAGAAGAAACAAACGUAUAAAGAGAAAUUAGUGAAGAAAGGUAUCAAAAACCGCCUGAAAAAGAAAACACAACAAGAUCUGCGAAAUGCGAAUAAAAAACAAGAAAGAGCUACCAAAUUAUCAACAGCUCCUCAACAAGUAAAAGAGGAAGAAGUUGAAGAGAAGAAGGUUGUUAAAACAGAAAAUAAGAUAGAAUUUUCCAAAGUCGACUUUGAGCACACUAAUCGUAAAGUUAAACCUAAAAAGGACCCGAAAAAGCUCCUCGAAAACCUACAGAAGCAAAAAGAAACUCUAGAAGAACUUAAAAAACGCGGCGAAAUAGAAAAAGCGGUAGAAAUUAAAGAAAAAACCGCUUGGAAGAACGCAUUAGCUAAAGCCGAAGGCGAGAAAAUCAAAGAUGACCCGACUUUACUGAAGAAAACCAUCAAAAGAAAGGAACAAAAACAGCGGUCGAGCAAGAAAAAAUGGCAACAACGGAAUGAAAAAGUAGAAAAGGCCAAACAAGAACGACAAACAAAGAGAAAUGAAAACCUCAUGAAGCGGAAGAAGGACAAGAAAGUAAACAAACUGAAAAAAGCAGUUAAAAAGGGAAAAGUCAUACCUGGAUUUUAAUUAUU